CCUACAUUCACACUCAGCCAAAAAAGCAGCACGCUGAGGAUUCCUCGCUUAGGAGAGGCAGCGCUAAAACUCCUGUUUAAUGUGCUGUCACAAUCAACAUGGCCUACUCUCACAUCAACGUGACCAACAGCUCCAACUCCAGUAGCCCCUUCUGUCGAUUUAACGAAGACUUUAAAUUCAUCCUCCUUCCCGUCAGCUACGCCCUGGUUUUCGUCAUUGGUCUGGCGUUGAACGCCACAGCUCUGUUUGUGAUGGUGUUCAGGACGAAGCGAUGGAAGCCUUCCACCAUUUACAUGUUCAACCUGACGAUGUGUGACACACUCUACAUCUUCACUCUUCCCUUCCUCAUCUUCUACUAUGCCGACGAGAACGACUGGCCCUUCAGCGAGCCGGUCUGCAAGCUGAUACGCUUCCUGUUUUAUGCCAACUUGUAUGGUUCUAUUCUAUUCCUCUGCUGCAUCAGUCUCCACCGGUUUCUUGGUAUCUGCCAUCCCGUCCGCUCGCUCAGCUGGGUCAGCGCUCGUCGGGCCAGGCUGGUGUCUGUAGCAGUGUGGGCGUGUGUUUUAUUCUGCCAGGCUCCGAUUCUCUACUUUGCAAGAACAAGCUUUGAAUGUAUUUUAUGUAUGUCCUCUGCCAGGGAUGUAAAGACAGAGCGAAUCUGCUAUGACACCACCAGCUCAGAGCUUUUCAAUGACUUCCUGGUGUACAGCUCAGUCGUGUCGGUGCUCAUGUUUGCCUUGCCCUUCAUGGUGGUGAUGGUUUGCUACGGCCUCAUGGUUCGGAAGCUACUGGAGCCCGGCUGGGGGUCUAACAAGAGAGGCGAAGGUGACGGCGAAGGAGGCGGUCUGAAGGCCCAACGGUCAAAGCAGAAGUCUGUGAAGAUGAUCAUCAUUGUGCUGGCAGCGUUCAUGCUGUGCUUCCUCCCUUUUCACCUGACCAGAAGUCUUUACUAUUCAUUUAGAUACCUGAGACAGGUGGAUCCAUCACAGAUCAGCUGCAGUUUGCUGGAGGCUGCCAGUGUGGCCUACAAGGUGACGCGACCUUUAGCCAGUGCCAACAGCUGCGUGGACCCGAUCCUUUACUUCCUGGCAGGACGGGACGCUCGCAGCACUCUGACCAAGAAGAGCAAAUCAUCCUCACAAAAUCCCACCAUGAGACAUUGUUUGACGACAAAACUCUGAUUCCCUGUCCAAAACUUCAGUGGAUUCUUUAUUAAGCAGUUCAGAUAGUUGGAACAUCUUCAUGGAGCCUGGCAUUUUUUAUUUUUUUUUUCAAAAUUGAAUAAGCAUUUAACGGCAUGUUGUACACUACUUGGAAUUUUUUCCAUAUUCCUUGGACUUUGCUAAACAUUUUUACAUUUCACCCUAAGCACUAAUUAGUUUUGAGCGUCUGAUCUUUGUAAGUUGCUUCCUGACAGAGAGUAUCAUUUAUAAUAUAUUUGAUCUCUACCUCUAAAAGCAACCUGGAGAUAAAGCCUCUUUAUACAAGUCUUGCCAAUGAAAUAGUAAUAAUGUCUGUUUAUAGCCAAAAUAAGAAUAAAUUAUUUAAUUGCUAAUUUAAUUCCCAAAGCUUUGAUAUGUUGGGAAUGUCAAUAGGACUUACAGUAAAAAUAAUGUUCUCAACAUCAAGAUACAAUCCCCACCAUGAAGUGCUUUCGUCACUGUACUAAUUGAAUAUCUUUGACAAUUGAGCCUAUUUGCUCAAUAUCCCAGUUGAUGUAAAUAGUCAAUACUUUCAUUUAUUUUCGUUAGCUCCAAAGGAAAUCCCUAAUAAGCAACCUGAAGUACCACCAAUAGUAUCGAGGUUUGACAAUCACCAGUCAAGUCCUUGUAAUGUGUAGCGAUCAGCAGUAGGGGGCGGUAGUUACGAAGGAAUUUUGGUUCUUCAAGCUCCUGUUCCUGUCGCACACUCUGAUAACAACAAACAUCUCACAUGCAUACAUGUCAAACCACAAUACGCUAUGGAUAAUCAACAAUGAAACAGUUUAAAAUACAGCUCUUCUUUAUUUCAUGAGUAAAAACAGCAUACAGAAAUAGAGAUAUAAUAGUGAUAUAAUAAAAUGAAGCACGAUAUAAAUAAAAACCCAAAAAUCCGAUGAGAUGUUUUUUUCAUCCUUCCUGCAUAGUUUGAAAACAGUUAAUGCUGACAACACCAAAGCAAUGAAAUUGGAUGAAAACACGUGAUCAUCAGCUUGGGGUAAUAAAUGCCCUCUCCUCUACAUACGUUGUGUUAUUUUUAAACAGCAUAACAUGAGCAUAAUAAAGUAAUUAAAUCUGAUAAUAGCCAUACUCUUGGAAAACAAAAGUCUGCGUAAGCGUCCGGACUACCUGCAGUUUGUUAGUUUGUUAAAGAACUAUGAUGGAUAAAAUGUGAGUUUGUGUAGCUCAGGAUGAGAGAGAGAAAAAACACUGAUAUGUUUAACCCUAGAUUAAGAGUAGAAAACCAUUUCAGACAGCAGUUCAGCUUAUAUGAAUGACAGAGUCCUGUCACCGGUGCAGUGCAGCUGUUUACCCCUGAAUUACUUCAUACGUACUACGUGUUAGAGUAUAAAAUCAAAAUAAAGAGUUUACUUGUG